AUGAUGCUUAAUAAAGGACCAAUCCGUGAUUCUGAGUAUACAAAGACCAUUUAUUUAAUGGUAAAAGAAGGCCAGUACAGUGGAGUUAUAAAUAUACUGAAUAAUAUCCACGAAGCAUCAACAACUCGUGCUGGUUUAUCACUAUUGGGUCAUUGCUAUUAUCAGUCGCAAGAUUUCAUAGAAGCAUCUAAUGCUUACGAAAUGCUUUGUGAUAUGUGCCCAGAAGUUCCUGAAUAUAAACUCUAUUAUGCUCAAUCUCUUUAUCAGUCUGGGCUAUUUGAAGAAGCUUUGAAAGUUUCAAAUAUGGUGGAUGUGGAGCAUUUAAGAGAUAAAGUCAUGCAGCUCCAAAGUGCAAUUUAUUUCAGCAACGGAGACUAUUCAGCUUCUCAAUCUAUUUUAAUGCAAAGACAAGCUGGAACUGCCCAAUCUUUAAAUGAUGAAGGAUGCUUACUUUAUCAAGCAAAUGUUUACGAUGAAGCAAUUCAACGAUUCUUCUCGAGUUUGCAGACGGGAUUUAAUCCAUUGACAGCCUACAAUUCUGCACUUUGUCAUUAUCGUAAAAAGGAAUAUUCUCAAUCAUUAAAUAUGAUUGGCGAGAUUAUCGAACGUGGUAUCCGAAAUUUUCCCGAGCUUGGGAUCGGAGCACAAGUUGAGGAAGGAGGAGCUAGAAGCGUAGGAAAUCCACCAACAUUAUCAUUAAGCGGCAUUGUUCAAGCAUUAAACCUCAAAGCUGCAAUUGAGUAUCAAGAAGGGAAUAUUGAGGGUGCGAAGGAAGCAUUGAUGGAUCUACCACCACGAAGUGAACCUGAAUUAGAUCCCGUUACUUUGCAUAAUAUGGCAUUAACUGGUGAUCAUCUGAAUGGUAAUAUUAAACUGAGACGAUUAGCAUUCCUCCUUGAACUUGGUCCAAUUUGUCCACUAGAGACAUUUUCAAAUCUUUUAAUUUUGUGCUGUAAACACGAAAUGUUUGAUACUGCUGCUGAUAUUCUAGCUGAACAUGCUCAAAUGACUUACAAGUAUUUGUCAUCAUUUCUGUAUGAUCUACUUGAUGCAAUAAUUACAUCUCAAACAUCUUUAGAAGAAGCCGAGAAAAAGCUUGGUGUUUUGUCUAACAAUCUUGCUACACGUUUAAGAACGUUAUCUGCAAAAGUUCAGGAAUGCCGAAUGGCUUCAGAUCAAAAUGCACUGAGAAAUGCAUUAAGAGAGUAUGAAGAAGUCUUGCAUGAGUAUGAGCCUGUUGCAAUGACACGAGCAUGGAUUUACUGGCGUGAAAAUGAUUUUACUAGUGCAGAACGAGAGUUUCGAGCAAGUUCCGAAUUUUGUAGUGAAACUACAAACUGGAGAUUAAAUGCUGCUCAUGUGUUAUUUAUGAGAGGCGACAAAUACAAAGAAGCAGCAGCAUUUUAUGAACCAAUAGUUCGGCAAAGCUAUGAAGAUAUUUUAUCAGUGCAUGCUAUAGUGCUAGCAAAUCUUUGUGUAUCUUAUAUCAUGACAUCGCAAAAUGAGCAAGCAGAGGAAUUGAUGCGAAGAGUUGAACGAGCAGAAGAAAGAAAGGGAAAUGGUGAUGGACAAUGCCUUCAUCUCUGUAUCAUUAAUUUAGUAAUUGGAACUCUUUAUUGUGCAAAAGGAAACUAUGAAUUUGGAUUAUCACGCAUUGCACAUGCUUUGAUGGUCGUAGAAGGAGAAUCAAGUACACGAUUAUGUGCUGAUACAUGGUUGCAUGUUAAAAGAUGUGUUCUUGGAUUGCUAUGUGGUUUAACUAAACAAACGAUUGUCUUGCCUUCACUAGCAAUUCAAGAUACAAUAAAUUUUCUCCAUGCAUGUGAAAUUUAUGGGCUAACAUCUCCAUCAGUUUUACGCGACGAGGAUUCAGAAGACGUACCAACAAUUGGUAUCGAAGCUCGCAAAUUGCGGUACCUGUUGAUGAAAAUCAUGGAAUAUGAAUAA